UGGUUCGUCGCAGCCCUGAUGGUAACGCGCGACCGACACAAACGAGGACUGGACCGGAAGCGGCACUGAGCGUCUUCGUGUGUGGUUCCUGUCCCUUUAAGCCGGUGCGGAAAUAACUCUCUGAAUUUAGGCAACGCUCGGUGGAAGGUCAGGUCUACUCUCCGGUGGAUCUCGACACUACGCUGGGCCGGUUAUUAAUCACCACAAAGCCAGAGCCGGUCGUCCCCACGGCCGAACUGCAUGACAGCCGUAACGUCCGUGACUCCGGGAAAGCAACGUGCAGUAACGGUACGUAACGGAGCUUUGAGACGUUUCUUUUAAACCGGCCAGCGCGUAGCAGUUCGGCUGCCCUCCGUCCUCCCCGAUGUCUCAAUCCAAAUGCACCCGGCUGAGCGGGUCGCUGGUGAAACAACUGCUGGACUCGGUGGACAGCGUCCUGUUUGACUGCGACGGGGUCAUCUGGCGGGGGGACCAGGCCAUCCCCGGCGCCAGCCAAGUCGUAAACCUGCUCAAGGAGAACGGGAAGAAGGUCUUCUUCGUCACCAACAACAGCAGCAAGACGCGGAAGAUGUACGCCGAUAAAAUGUCCAUGUUGGGGUUCAACGUAGAAGAGGAGGAGGUGUUUGGGACCGCGUACUGCUCCGCCAUGUACCUGAAGAUGGUCUGCAAGCUGGAGGGCAAAGUGUACCUGAUAGGCAGCAACGCCAUGAAGCAGGAGCUGGAGGCGGUGGGGAUCCAGCAGACCGGGGUGGGACCAGACCACAUCUCCGGGAAGCAGACCGACUGGGCCAACGUGCCCCUGGACCCCGAGGUGAAGGCGGUGGUGGUCGGGUUUGAUGAGCAUUUCAGUUACAUGAAGCUGAACCGAGCCUUGCAGUACCUGACCCAGCAGGGCUGCCUGUUUGUGGGAACCAACAGGGACACCAGGUUGCCCCUGGAGGGGGGCAAGGCUGUCCCAGGUACAGGCUGCCUGCUGCAGGCCGUGGAGACGGCAGCCCAGCGCCAGGCCCAGACGGUGGGCAAGCCCAACCACUUCAUGUUCGACUGCGUGGCCUCCCAGUAUGGCGUGGACCGCGAGCGCUGCCUGAUGGUGGGCGACCGCCUCGACACGGACAUCAUGUUGGGCUCCAACUGUGGCCUGAAGACCCUCCUCACCCUCACGGGAGUCAGCACUGUGGCGGACGCCGAGGUGAAUCAGAAGAGCGGUUGUGUGGAGAGGCAGAGGAUGGUGCCGGAUUAUUACGUGGAGAGUAUCGCAGACCUCCUUCCAGCUCUGCAGGGAUGAGACUGCUAAAAGUCUGUCAAGACUGAAGAGUAGCUAAGUGAUAGCCUAGCUGCUGUAAACCUGAGGAAUUUGGGUAGCCUGUCACAUGCCAGGGUCCAUUGUCUUCUAAAAAGGGAAUAUUUUUCAAAUCAUCUCUAUAACAAAGUCAUAAUUGUUGUGUGACAGAGGAGACAAAGACUCUAGAGACACUAUCCAGAUUUUAUCAGCACUUUUGUCUUUUACUAAACCAUUCUUAAAACCUACAAAUUUAACAUGAUAUAAAUGAUUGAUUAAUAACACAAGAACCAUUAUUUCCAGUAUUGUUUCAAUGUAAUUUAAGUGUUAGUAUUGCUAAAGGAGAUGAGUGUAUCUUAAUUUUUUGAGUACGAACCAAAGUGAGUGUACUUUCAAGGCCCUUAUCCUGUCUGUGGUGCAACCUCCCCUUAAGCAAUAAGAAGUCAAACUCAAGAAGGGAAAAAAAAGUGUCAACAGUUUGGUAAUAUCUGUGUGUUCAGGUUCAUAAAGACCAGGCCGAGAAUGGGGCUAAAAUGCACUGAACUGGUAUGACUUGACCUCUCUGUGUUCCUGUGUGUAUUUUAAGACCUCAACAGAAUGUGCUAUUAUCUGCACUUAGAUUCGUGGGAAGGUGCAAUGAUAUCCAGUCCUGUCAUUUAUGUCUGUCAUGUCAAUUAUUAUUGAAACAGAAUGACAUUGUUUUAAAAAUAUUUCAAUCUUCCUUUUACCAUCCACUUUCUGACUUCAGGAGUAGUGUCCCCUCUGACCCCUAGAGUCACUGAAAGCAAUGCUCAAGUCCGUAAUAAAAAAAAACUAUCUUCACUAAA